UUGCAGGAACGCAAAUCCAUUUUGUCGCUGCAACAUCUACGAGAUCCAUCGCCGUUGCAACGAUUACGCGAUGCAUCGCCGUUUGGCCGACAUUUAUGGCAAGGAGGUGAGCGUACAGGCUCGGUGAAUCGGUUUCUCAGACGGUUAGCGAAUGGAGUUGGAUCGCAAUACACCGAUCUAAACAAUUCAACUGAUGAUGGCUUCGAGUUUAAUUGUGGGAAUAGAAUGAGUGACCUUACACUCUUGCAAGACAGAUGUGAGAAGGAGGCAACAGAAGACAAGGACGGCCCAUCAGAUCCGCUUAUUUCAAUAAAUUCACCACUAAUGGUGUGA